AUUGUUAAAGCAUUGCAGAACAAAAGAAAAAAUGUAUAACUCUGUGUUGUUCUCAGAUAGCAUCUGUCAUUCAAGUAAUCACGCAAAAAAGUUUCUAACAUGCUACAAACAUUUAUUUAAUUGGAGUAACUCUGAAAAUGUCUUGGAAAUUGGGUGUUCAGAUGGACGUAUUACAAUAAAUGUUUUAUAUCCAUUCGUUGAAAAGCAUCUUAAUAAAUUAGUUGGAGGUGAUAUUUGCGAAAAAGCUAUCGCACUUGCAACCAAAGCGAAUUGUAUUCCAAAGGUAUCGUUUCAAAAAUUAGACAUACUCAAUAACGAUGAAUGUAAAAAUCAUUCUGAUGGGUAUAAUAAAAUAUAUUCUUUUUAUUGUUUUCAUUUAAUACACGAAUCAGAUAUAUGGGCAAAUAACGUCUUUAAAAUGUUAAAACCCAACGGACAAUUAUUUGUUUCGAUUGUUGCAAGUUUUCCAAAUUUCAUCAACAAAUGUCAACUUGCUCAGCAAAGGGAAUUUUGGAAACCUUGGUCCAAAUAUAUUCAAAAUUUACCAUGUUAUUUUGUAGAUUAUGGUCCAAAACCAACAGAAACAGUAACUAAUAUUCUGAGAAAAGCUGGGUUUCUUAUCAACAAAAUUGAUUUGCAUACGGUUACGUUUCCAUACAAAAAUAAAGAAGAUAUAAGAAAUGUGUUUAUAAGCGCUAACCCUUUCUUAAAAUAUAUCCCAGAUGAAAUGCAAGAAACCUAUCUGGAUGAUUAUACGAGUAAACUUUUACAAGAACUAAGCUUUGAAAAUGGAAUAUAUUCGUUUCGAUUUGAUAUAAUUACGGUAUUAGCUACAAAAAAUGGUUUGAGUGUUUAAUAAAAACAGCUGUUAAAUACUAUAAAAACAGUCGGAUCUUUUAUUUUAACGUUCGUUACAAAUUUAUAAUUUACAAUUAACAAUGGUAGUUAACCAACAAGUAACUUCACUCGAAGUAAUACUAACCUAAAACUUAUUACAUUCAAUAAAAUCAGAUAAAAUCGAUAAUACAGGAUGGUCCAUUUAACGUGAGAUAAGCGAUUAUCUCUAAAACGGGUCAUUUUACAUAAAAAUAAACCAAAUGAAAGUUGUUCUGUGCGAAG